AUGGAAGUGGACUCUAAAGAAGAAGCUUUAAAUUAUCUCUUAAUGUUAGUCGUUCCUGGAAAACAUGCCGUGCAUUGGUUUCGACGUGGUUUACGUCUCCAUGACAACCCCGCACUUUUAGAGGCACUAAAAGGCGCCGACACUUUAAGAUGUGUUUAUAUUCUAGAUCCUUGGGCUGCCAGAGGAGCUGGGGCAAAUGCCCUUAAUAAAUGGAGAUUUCUUCUAGAAUCCCUAACCGAUUUAGACACGUCAUUAAAAUCUCGCCUGGAUUGUCGACUACACGUAGUACGUGGUCAACCAGCUGAUGCUCUUCCAGCAUUGCUGGAACGUUGGGGGGUCACUUUGUUAAGUUACGAAACUGAUCCGGAGCCCUAUGGCAGGGCCAGAGACCGCAAAUUGGCCGCAAGAUGCAGGGAUAAUGGUGUUGAAAUCGUGGAGUACGAAUCUCAUACUUUGUAUCCACUGGACAGCAUUAUAGAGCACAACGGAGGAUCAGCUCCAGUCACCUUCGAACAAUUUUUGGGAGUUUUAACUACCAUGGGUCCACCAGAUCCUCCAGCAGGACCAGUCAGACGCGACCGCCUUUUUACCACUCGAACCAGAGUACCCACAGAUCCAGACUACGACCAAUCCUACGCAGUGCCUACACUUGCCGAACUUGGUUUUGAAGCUAAUUCUUCUGAACCGCCAGUUUGGAGAGGAGGUGAAGCAGAAGCUUUGGCACGUCUGGAAAGGCAUGCUGAAAAAAGAACUCUUGCUCUGAAUUCGUCUCCAAAUUCUGACACUUUGCCGCCAGGAUUUCUGAUGGCUGAUGGUGCAGGUUUAUCGCCAUAUCUGAGGUUCGGGUGCUUGAGUGCUAGACUGUGCUAUCAUCAAUUAGCAGAAUUGCAACGCCUACCAUCAACUAAUGGAAACAGCAACUUUAAUUUGGCUCCUGCAACAAAACCAUUACUUCAACCACCACCAGCAGUAAUGCCUCUUUUAUGGAGAGAGUUUUUGUACUGCUGCGGAGCAGACAAUCCUCGUUUUGAUAGAGUACAAGGAAAUCCUUUAUGUUUGCAAACGCCUUGGGACAGAGAUCCAACUGCUCUUGCAAAAUGGGCAAACGGCCAAACUGGAUUUCCAUGGAUAGAUGCAGCCAUGUCACAAUUAAGAAGUGAAGGUUGGAUUCACCACUUGGCAAGAUUUGCCUUGAUAGAUUUUCUGACCAAAGGAGCUCUUUUUAUAAGUUGGGAAGAAGGAAUGAAAGUAUUUGAAGAUCUUCUAUUAGAUGCAGACUGGUCGACAAAUGCUGGUAGUUGGUUGUGGCUAUCAUGCUCCUCAUUCUUUCGCAAACCAGCACCCUCUGUAUGUCCAGUAGCGCUUGGAAAAUUAGUUGAUCCUGAUGCAGAGUACAUCAGGAAGUAUGUACCAGCUUUGCGUGGUUUUCGAUCAGCCAGACUGGUGCAUGCACCUUGGCUAGCGUCUCGUGAGGAGCAGAGGCGUGCUGCCUGCAGGUUAGGGGCCCAAUAUCCGCUUCCUUUACUAGUAGACCAUGCACGCACCAGGAAGGAAAAUGCUAGGCGGACUAGAUUAGCAUGUGAAACUCUUCCUGGAUAUCGAAAUAGAGAAAGACGUUUAUCCGAGUCCUUCCAAGAUGAAAGCGAUAUUGAUUGCAACUGUGAACCAGUAAUUCCAAAACAGCAAAUUGCACAAGAUGAACCAAUAAUGGACACAAAUAUACACUUGCCAGAUAUACGUCAGGAAAUUAAAUCACUGCCUGAAUUUGAAUCAACCAUUAAUAGCCUGUUUAUUUAA